AUGGCUACCUCCAACAAUGAGUGGCUCCAAAUUUACCAAAAUAACCUCACCGGAACAUCACAACCUUCGACCCUGCAGUGGUCCGGUCAUGUCACCGACGCCACAACAGUCACCACCACCACCACUACUGCCAGUAGUGUAUCUAAUGAUAAAGAGGGCCGUGUAACACGUCCCACCAACAACGGUCGCAGGUCCAGCAGGACUUCACGGAGGACCCCAACCACCUUACUUAAUACUGACAUCACCAACUUCCGUUCCAUGGUCCAACAGUUCACCGGUCGUGAUGGUUCAACGGCGUUUAUGGAUGCUCCUGCAACUAUUACAGCUCCUCUUCAACCUUGGAGCAGUUACAGUGCUAAUUCAUCCAGUUUUCAUUAUUAUGGGAUGGAGUCAAGGAUUUCGCCGCCUGAUGUGGGUGGUUAUAACGUGGAAGUACAGCAACCACCGCCCCAGCAGUACUACACAAUGGCGGUGGGCAACCGUGGAGCUGGUGGUGAUAUUCAUCAUGGGUUUGUGCAGAGGGUUCAAGACCAUAACGAGGUUGCAAACUUUUCCGGUGAGAAUAACGAUGGUGGCAAGGACAAUACUUGCAUGUUCUAA